AUGUCAAGCACAUCUUCUAUAAGUCGAAUUAUGACUGAUGAUCUGGGUUAUUCGUACAAAAAGAUCAGCCAAAUAGCGCGUGAAACAGAGCGAGAGGAUGUUGUUGAAAAAUUGUCUGUUUACCUAGCUGUGAUCUCAGGAGUAACAUCGAACCGAUUGCACUUCUUUGAUGAAAGUUCAGUUCUUGUGACUAAUGGGAACAGAACUAGAGGACACAGCGCGAUUGGGCAACCAGCUAUUGAAGUGCAAAGAUAUGCAUCAAAUGCGACUUACACCGUAAACUUACUCCACAGCGUAAACGGAGUAUCACAUUAUAACAUCAUUCGAGGGGCAUCAAACGGUUUAGAGUUACUAAAUUUUUUUGACGAGGCCCUUGAACAAGAAGAUAUCUUUGGGAACCCGAUCAUCAAACAAGACGAUGUCGUUGUGAUGGAUAACUGCGGCUUUCAUCACGCUAACCACGUUGAAGAAAAUCUACGAGCUGUUCUACAAGAUAGAAAUGUUGAACUCAUUUUUCAACCUCCCUAUCAUCCCUGUUACAACACAUGCGAGUAUUGCUUCAACAUUAUGAAAGUUAUUUUACGAAGAUAUCCAAAAUACACAGAAAAGUACACAGAUUUGUGCAUAUCCGAUGCAUUGGAAAUGAUAACUGCAGGUCUAUCGAGACAGAUUUUUAAAUUUUGUGGGUACUUGUGA